AUGAACAUUAAACUACAACUUAAAGAAAUACAAGUAUACAUAGUCGGUCACACUCCACCGGGUGUCGAUGAUCGCGAAGUUGGAGCCAGUGGCUUAGCUGAGCAACAUAACGCCCGAUACUUGCAAAUAGUUCGCCAAUAUGCUGAUAUGAUACGCGGCCAAUUCUUCGGUCAUUGGCACUCAGAUACCUUCAGGAUUAUAUACAAUGACAAUGAUGAACCGGUAUCUUGGAUAAUGGUGACUCCCUCUAUCACUCCGUAUAGAGUUGUCGGUCCGAAUAAUCCCGGUCUAAGACUCUACAAAUUUGAUAACGACACCGGACAGAUUGUCGAUUACGCUCAAUAUUAUUUGAACCUGCCGGAAGCCAAUUUAGGUAAACGUGCCAAUUGGCGCUUAGAGUACAACUUGAAGGAGCACUACGAGCUAAACGAAGUAACAGCGGCAAGUCUCCACGACCUUGCCGAUCGAUUCACGCAACCAAGACACAAUGCAUUCGUCAGAUACUACGAGGCAAAUCGGGUAUCCCUGCCCCGUGAGGUCGAGGAAAUUUGGGGCUGCGGCGGCGCCCUCAAUGGCCUCUGCGCUCUUCAACAUUACUGCGCGGUCACGAGGUUGACGACGCGUGCCUACAGCAACUGCGUGUCUUCCUACGCAUCGGCCCUCGCAUCAGCGGCCGCGAGGAGUCCGAGUUCCGGAUCCACCAGGCUCAUCCUAAUUAUAGCUAUCCUCAUAUUUCGACGGUAGAAAUUGAGGGUAGAAGAGCGGAUGAACGUAGGACCAGAGGUCCUGGAAUAACUGCUCACGUGUAGGUACAUACUCAAAAGCUCCAGGACUGAAAAGCUGGAUGCCAAGAGCAAUUGCGUCGUAAAUCGGAUGUUGCUGUAAUAUUACCUCGAUAAUCGAGGAUGUUCCAUGUGAAUCUGUAAGUGCAUGGAGUACAAGGUCAUAUCAUUAAUCGCAAAGCUCGUGUAUUUCAAUUUUAGGGUGUAUUUGCUUUGUAUUUUAAACGAAAUCAAAGCUUUCGAUAUAUUGCAUAUCCAUUGAAGUUGAGUAUCUGCUUAUUACUGUAGAUGCUGUUGGUUGGGCUAGACAAGCAUUUACAUUAGAGAAGAGAAGGGUUAACAUAUCUUCGAGAGAAGAUGUGGUACUGACGUACAGAUUAACUGUUACUAAAUAAUUAAAAUAGCAAUUUGCU